UCGAUGUUCGGAGCUUACUAUUCCUUGCCAAGAUGUCGGAGUCAACAAAUGCGUCUCAGAAAACGACUGAUUUCACGAACGUUCCUCUCAGCCAUGGCGAUUGUCAAGACAAAGAGAACCCGAAGAAGAAGCCAAAGCGUGUACUGCACUUCAGUGAUGGUAUCCUAGAGGAGUACUCCACAGACGAGGAGGAUGUACAGAUCAAACCAAAAGAACCAUCUGUCGACCCAAAAAAACUGUCUUGGUUGCCAUGGUUCUGGUAUUGCUUGAUGACAGCAUCAGCUCGCACUCUAUCAGUGGCAGACCUGUGUGGAGAGAAGUUGGCCUGGUUUUUCGGCAUCACAGCUCCCAAAUACCAGUACGCCAUUGAUGAGUACUACAGGCUCAAGGAGGAGGAGGACAAGGACAAGGAGAUGAUGGAGCGUCAGCAUGCAGAACUUUCCUCGAUCAACAUCCAGGUAGUGGAGCAGAGUAAAGUCCCCCAGCAGCCUGCCUCCCAGUCCCCCCUCAAAUACUGACCACGGGACAAGCAGAGAACAUACAGAAAUCCAUCCCUUAUACCUAUUUAUUGUACAGUAUUACAUGAAACUGGAAAAUAGGAAGUGAAGAUGUACUUGGGGUUCCAAGGUAAACUAAUGAGUCCUCGAUGUCAUAAAAAUAUUUGAGGGUGUGUGUUUUAAAAAAAAUAUAAUGUAAUUACAUGUUUAAAAUUCAUGCAAUUAUAUUAACGAUUUUGGUAACAUAUAGAAUUAUGCCAAUUUGAUUGCAUUGUGGUACUUGCAUGUACCCGGUAAGCAGAACCCUAUAAAUCCAGGUGGAAGGGAAGCAAUAAAACAGCACUAUGACAGUUUACAGUGCAGUGUUUCAGGACAUAAAAUACAUUGUGCAACAUUUGUAUGCACUAGGGUUACAUAAUGAGGGAUUUUAUGAACAACACUUUAUCUCUUUCUUUUCAAUGUUCGUAGACUUUUACUUGGAAGGGUUGAGGCUUUUUAACUUAAGGAGGAUUAGUUAUUUCAAAAAGUGUUUUCAAGGCAUGAACGACAAAAUAGUAAAAACAAUUUUUACGAUCUCUGAUUUAUUUAACUAUUAGUCUUUUAAACUUUCAUCUGUCCUUGAAAAAGUGUAGGUAGAACCUCUGACCUCCUGUAAAGAACAGUGUUAUUAAGGUAACUAGAUACAAGUGUUAUGCUCAAUACACUGUAGGAUCUUAAAUCACAAGUCUUAGUGUGGUAACAUUAUGACAUGGUAAUGAUUUGAUGUCACAAGUUCACUGAGUUACAGGACAGUGGCAAUGCCUAGUGGCUAAUUAGCUGUAGCCCAUCAGGCCUUAGACCCAGGUUCGAUUCUCCACAUGGGUACGAGUGGCCAAGACGUCUGAGGUGCCGCGAUUAGCUGUGCAGAGUUGCGUCCCUUGGGCACGCCAGAAACCUAUAAUUGUGGGUUCGAAUCCAGGUUCGCCCCGAUUAUGUUUCAAGGUUUGUCA